AUGCACCCGGGCAGGACAGCCGCCAACGGCGACACACUGUCGCGCAUCAGCGAAGGCAGCAAUGAGGCUGGAUCCGUUGUAUCUUCAUACUUCUCGGCUAUUUCGGGCGCUGUUGGUGCCGGUUCAGCCGGGCGUGUUGGUCCCGCAGAUUUGUUGAAGGCAGCGCUAAGGACUCCUGCCAAGGCGGACAAGUGCGCUGUCAGGAGCUCGCCAUCUGUGACUGGCAGCUCCGGCCCGGAGGACCAGGCUGCUCUGCGAGAGGUCGUGAAGGCCUUUGUGGAGAUUGGUGUCCGUGGCCGGCUCGUCGAAGCUCUACGUGGAGACGGGCGAGCCCAGCCAGUCGUGUUCCGUCUUAGCCGUGAGGUUGACGCAUUCGAGAUUGGUCCUGAACCAGGACGAGGUCAUCGUGUGGCGCUCAAUGAGGUCUCUGCCGUGUACACCGGAAGCAGCGAAAGAGCCAAAGAGCUGACGACUAUGCCAGGUUUAGAUGCCUCCUGUGCCGUUGUCCAUCUCGCAGACGGCAGGUGUUGUCGGGGCUGGGGUGCUGGCACUGGCUAG